AUGCCUGAGAUCACCGCUCUCCUGUUCGACUGCGACAACACCCUCGUCCUCUCCGAGGAGCUCGCCUUCGAGGCCUGCGCCGGCCUUAUCAACAAGAUCUGUGAGGGCCGUCAGCUUGAGGUCCGUUUCACUGGCGAGACUCUGAUCAAGGAGUUCGUCGGUCAGAACUUCCGCGGCAUGCUCCUUUCGCUCCAAAAACUCUACAACAUCGAGAUCUCCCCCGAGGACCUCGAGUCCUAUGUUCUCCAGGAGGAGGAUGCUGUCAUUGCCAAGCUCAAGGAGUCCCUCCGGCCUUGCCCCGGUGUCGACGAGCAGCUCGAGAAGCUCGCCGCUUCCAACAAGUACCAGCUUUCCGUUGUUUCCUCGUCUGCUCUCCGCCGUGUCCGCGCCUCGAUCGAAAAGGUUGGACAGGACAAGUACUUCCCCGGUGACGUCGUCUUCUCUGCUGCCACAAGUCUUGAGAAGCCCACCAGCAAGCCCGACCCCGCCAUCUACCUCCACGCUAUACAGAAGCUUGGCAAGAAGGCCGAGGAGUGCGUCGCGAUCGAGGACAGCAAGAGCGGUACCCUGAGCGGAACUCGCGCCGGCAUCAAAGUGAUUGGCUACGUCGGUCCUUAUGCUGAGGACAAGCAGGCCGAGAUGGAGCAGGUCCUGAGGGACGCCGGCGCCGUCAUCAUCAUGCGUGACUGGGCCGAGUUCCCAGCUGCCCUGAAGAAGGUUGAGGCCGGUGAGGUUUAG